AUGGCUGCAAUCAUAAAGGAAAUUGUCAGCCGAAACAAAAGGAGAUACCAGGAAGAUGGGUUUGACUUGGACUUGACUUGUAUCCUUUUUGUUCAAUGUCUGUAACGUUAAUAUUAGCUAACUACAGUAACUUUUAUGUAUGUUAAUCUUUCUCUGUAUUACAUUGCUAGUUAGCUAGCUACUGUAGCUAACACAUGAAUACCUAGAUUGCUAACUUAACCUUUCUCCAAAAGAUGAUUAGCUAGCUAGCUAACGUUAGCUAAUAUUAGCUAGUAAGUCUGUACUAGUAGUCGGUGAACAUUACUUCUAAAAAAAUGUGUAUGUAUGUAUAUGUGUGUGUAUAUGUGUAUAUAUAUAUCUCUUUAGUUAGGCUAGUUAACUAUAUGUGAAAGAAUAACUAACCUGCUAGCUAGGCAGCUAAUGACACUAACCUACUCAUUGCUAUUUGAUAAAGGUGUCUGUCCUGUUAAAUUAAAUGCGGUCUUGAUAGCUAGCUAGCUAAAUAUAUCCCAAAACUUGCAUAACGUUAGCUAGCUAGUAGUUUGCACAUCAUCAUGAUUGAAUGAGAGAUUCAGCAUCAUAACAUAAGGAUAACGUAGCUAGGCUAGCUAAUGCCGUGGUAGCUAACGUUGUCUAGUUAAUUGAUGUUGAUAAUGUUUAGUCUUUAAUUAUUUGGUUGUCAACUGUACAUUUUAACUGGUUAGUUGGCUAAUAUAGCUAGCUAAAUCUUGGAUGGGGAACAAAGAGAUCAACCUUUUGCGACGCAUUCUUGAGGUUCUCUGGCCUACAAAAUGAUCUAGCAAACUAUAGCUAAUGGAUUAACGUUAUAUUCACAAUCAGUGCUGCUGCUAGCCACACAAAGACCAAAAGCAUGGAAUCAUUAUCAGAGUGAUGCGAAAUGGUAAUAGUACUUGCUCAUUAGUGGGAUGUACCAAUUUCAUGGUGCUAGAAUGUACGUAAUCAGUAGACAGUUGGUUUGCUUGUCUUGAUGUCUUAAUGAGGUCAGCUUGUUUGUAUUGAUUUGAGCAAUCUUAGGGAUAAAGUGUUUAGUUACAAAUGACCAGAGAAGAACAUUCUCUAAAAGACAAAUGUUCAGAAGUUAGAUUUGUCUGAAAUGGGUCACCUAACCUUGCAAGGUAUGCAAUCAAAUGGUGAAAGUGUAGGUGCAUGUAGAAUGCACAAAUAAAAGCUAGGUAAAGGUUAUGAGCGUGAUUGGAGGGAGGAAGUGCAGCGUACUACUGUAGUACAAUAUUGGUAUGUUAAGUUGUCAUGUCUUGUCUUGCACUUGAAAUGGUCAAAGCCUAUUUGUUGUGUGUGUGGCCCCUUGGUUCAGUGAUCUCAGAAAGCUCUGUGCAAAAAGCAGAACUGGAAUAUGGUUAGGGCAGGGGUUCCCAAACCUUUUCUGCACUUGACUGCAAAUUGACACAAGAAAAUACAGGGGAAACAUUAUAUUCCCUAGUAAACACCCUGUGUUCAUAUUCACAAAAUCUUUGUUGCUGUAGGCUGGCCCAACAUAUUGUAAAACGCCAUUAGUUGACACUAAAAGGUUGUAUUCUAUACCUAUUUGAAGAGGGAAAAUGUUAUUAAUUUGUUUGAUAAGAGUACAGAUUUUCUAAGGGGACCUCAUUUACAUUUUCCCAACCCCAAAUUUGGGAACCACUGGGUUAGGGUUUGCCUAACUAAGUAAUUUUGAAAUGAUAUUGUAUGAGUGAAACAUGGGAUUAUAGCUAAAUCACCUUGUUUUAUCAAACAUAUUUUGAUGUGAGAUAGCUAUUGUUCCAGGCAUUGUAGCUAUGGUUGUUAUGUAAUGAUUCCAGUUCUAGGAAUUGGCCUUAAAAUUGUGAUGAGAUUUCACAUCAACAGCAAUGCCUUUCCACCACACUAGUAGCAGAGGUUUAAAGAUUAGCCUUUAGGCCUUAACUGCCAUUUGAGACUCCUCGUCUUCAUGGGACUAGAGGAGGUUUUUGUAAUGAUAUGUUAGGUUUUCAAAUCUUUUUUAUAGGCCUAUGUCUGUGCUAUUUAAGAAUACGAAAAUGCUAAGUUAAUUUCCUAAAUGGUGUCGCUGGAAAAUGGCAGUAGGCCUAUAGAGACUACCUAUGUUCUGGAACAAUUGAAUUGAUCCCAUUCAGUCCAUUGACUAUGUAUUUGAUAGGAACAGUUACAUGUGAGGCUCUGCUCAUGCUGACAUUGCAUUUGUCAUUGCAGUAGUGUCGGGUACUUUUUGAGCAUGACGUCAUUGUGAUUUUAUGCCAGUUCAAAUGUAAAGUACGCUAUCGGAGGAGAUGAGUGUGUGACGAGACGGACCGCGUCUCAGUAAAUGAACAGUAACAGAAUAAUAAUUUAGAGAAUGUUUUAUAUUUAUUUCAUAUAGUAGUAGCCUAUUUCUGAUUUAAUUGUUUGACAAAAUAGGUCAUUUAUUGUAUGAAGAAUUCAAUUAUUUUGUGCAUGGAUAUAUUUCCCAAGUGGCAUGAGGAAAUUAGACUAACGUAAGCUUUUAUAUUAUACAUAUAUCUAAGUGAUGUAAUGGUCUUUCUUUCGAAGAGAUGAUGGGAAGGGCGGGGGCAGUUGGCUGUGGAACAAUGUGAUUUAUUUGGUGCCCUUGUGGGGCCUGGUAGGUUAAUGUCCGUCACUGGGUCUCGUAGAGAGAGCACCAUCUGCUCCAUAUUACACAUGCUCUAUCCUGUUCUCCAUACAGCUCUGUCGUGAUUGGUCUGGCAUGAUAAGUAAUGCAUGUACAGUAUGGUGUAAGCCAUCUAUGUUUGGGCAAAUCAAGGAGUUGUUUGUUUAUGCGACGAUUGUCGAGAUAUGUGAAUUGAAUGACGAUUGCUAGACAAUCAUAAUUGUAUGUGUAUGUUGGUGAUUAAUACUGGCCUAGGUGUGAUUCUUCCCAUUAGUCUCAGACCUUUCAGCAGCCAACCUCCUGGUUUCUUUGACUCCUGCGUUCAGAUAUUUAUCCAAACAUAAUUGCCAUGGGCUUUCCUGCUGAAAGACUUGAGGGUGUCUACAGAAACAACAUCGAUGACGUAGUACGGUAAGGACUUAAAAAACCUAAAUGUGCAUGUUGAUGUCCCUGUCAAAAUAAUGAAGGGUUUCUUAGAAUGUAAAGGAAUGAAAUGGGCUACAUGUAAAUGAAAACAGCAGGUAGUUAACAUGUACGAACUACCUUAACCAAACCAUUCUUAAACCUAAUUUGCACAACCCUUGGUAAACUAGGCCUAUCUUUGGUCUCGUCUUGUUUCUCACUGAUUAUCAUUAUAUGGGCGACAGUGGUGAGAAUAGGAUGUUUGAAAUGCAUGCUGUCAUCCCAGCUUCAGAGGCUUGCCUGGUUUGUCAACUGAAACCAAAGGGGUGACCUGCAAGCCACCUGUGAACUUAACCUAACCCUGCUUGUUGUAUUGUCCAAACAAUUUCCUUCGAUUUACGCAGGCUGUAGACACAGAAAGUUGCAGGCUUUUGGAAAUGUGAACAGAAAAAGCAUCCUUCAUCAUUUCUCAGAAGCUGUAGUUUUUAGAUGUGUGAACCAACCUGAGCGACCAACAUGCCCUACUGAUAGCAGGGUUCAAAACUGCAACCAAAACAGUCGCAUCUGCGACCGUUUGACUUGGCUGUGCGACACAUUAAUUAUUAUUUAAUAUUUUUUGGUUUUGUUAAUUUACCUCCUUUUUUCUCCCGAAUUUCGUGAUGAAGAUCUUGUCUCAUCGCUGCAACUCCCCAACGGGCUUGGGAGAGGCGAAGGUAGUCAUGCAUCCUCCGAAACAUGACCCGCCAAGCCGCGCUUCUUUAGAGGUUAACACCCGCUCGCUUAACCCGGAAGCAAGCUGCACCAAUGUGUCGGAGGAAACACUGUUUAACUGACGACCGAAGUCAGCCUGCAGGCGCCCCGGCCCGCCACAAGGAGUCGCUAGAUCGCGACGAGCCAAGUAAAGCCACAACGCCCCCCCCCCCCCCCCCCCCCCCCGGCCAAACCCUCCCCUAACCCGGACGACGCUGGGCCAAUUGUGCGCCGCCCUAUGGGACUCCCGGUCACGGCCGGUUGUGAUACAGCCUGGGAACGAACCCCAGGCUGUAGUGACGCUGCAACACUGCGAUGCAGUGCCUUAGACUGAUGUGCCACUCGGGAGGGAGGCCUGCGACACAUAUUAUUUGUUGGUCGCAAGGGUGCCAGUGAUUUUUCUUUUUUUUUCUUUUCUUUUCCUGGUCACGUUAGUCUUUGGUUCACAAUUACCAUUUUUAUCAUGAUUUAUUCAAACAGUAAUGUGCAAUUGACCAAAAAUAAACCAACAACAGCACGGGAAUGCCCCUGUCUGUGUGUGUCAGGGCUCAACAUACGGGAGGUUUUGGAAACCCUACGGGCCAGUCUAUCGUCCCCGUCAGUGGAUGCUUGGCCCAGUGAGAAAAAUAUUGUAAUAAUGCUAUUUUUAAUCUAGGCUAUAAAUGCUAAGAAAACAGAUGGAUUCCCGAAGCUGUUCGUUAUGUCGGUUUAUUUAUCACACGCUCGCUGCGCACACGCAGCCUAUAGAUUAUCUGUCAAGCAGAGAGAGCACUCAGCCCUCCAACAGCUGGUUGUUGCGUGGAGCGAAAACCAACAGCGGGAGUGGUAGGAAAGAUGUUCCAAGUUAUGAUAUCUACCAGUAAAUGCUAAGGCAAUAAUGGGUAUGCAAACCAGGUAUUUAAAAAGUUCAAAAUCAUGGUUGAAUAUUUGUUCUACUGCUACAAUAUAAUUAUUCUGUGAGUUCAUUUCUGAUCAGUUUUUCUGAGAGUUGUAGGCGCUUUCGUUUGUUUCCCGCCGUUUCAAUUGAAGGGUGUUGCACUAGUCUAUUGCGGUAAAAACAUGUGCAGUUAUUAUGAGCAACACAUCGAAUGUUGGCUUCAACUUGGUUUUCCAUACAAAGCAUUCCAUUACAAAGGAAACCCAGAUUUCUUGUCGCUUUCUCAUUUUAAAACAUGAUACAGUAACCUCACAAUAACUCUUAAACAUCUCAAAAGGGCGCGACUGACUAGCUACCACAUGGACAGAUAUAAUUAGUGUGUUUGUGUCGGGAGCAUGCUGUCUUUAGUCAGGCAAUGUCCACAUUAUUCUGACAUAUUUUAGAAUGUAAAAGUAAUGUCAAUGCAUAAUGCCAUUGGAUAGGCCUAUUAAAAUGCAUUAUUCUUAGUGGUAAUGCAUACUACUUUUGCAUACAUUUUGGAGGGAGCUUUUUUCUAUAGGCUAUUACAACAGUUCAUUAUAAAAUAUAGGUCCUUGAACAUUACAAUUAAGUGCUUGGAAAAGUCCUUGAAUUUGACUUGCCAAUGUCUGUAUGAACCAUGUAUAGGCAAUUUGCUCAGCCCGCAAAUGAAAGAUAAAAUCACCUGCUAUUGAAAUUAUGCACGCAUCAUUCGCUUUCCUGUCAGGUCUUGACCCAGGCCAGUAUUUUUUUCAUUUGGGCCAGUAGCUUUCAGUUGGCACUGGCUGGUGUGCCACUGGCAAAUGUACCUGAAUGUCCAGUCCUGCUGUGUGUGGUGCACGUUGGACCUAUAUAUCGGCCACUUUAUGUAGCUGUUAGCGAUGCUAAUGAUGGCCUAACCGUUUUCGGAUAGAUGGAAAGGCAAUUAAAAUGUAACUACAAAGUAGCCUUUAUGCCUACCAGGCAGAAUCAUGAUUAUUUGCAUAAAUCCAGUAGCCAUUUAUGUAGCCAUUUGUUUUAAAAACUCCAUCACAUGUGCUCUAAGAAAUACUGCUAGCCAAACACUACUGUCUGGCUGGUGCUCACCUGAUUUUAAAGGAUAACUAAACAAAAAAAAUCUAAAUUCCAAAAUCUUCCAAGCUAUCAAUGGUCUGAUGUGUUUAAAGCACUUUUGCUUCACAUCCAAUUUAGUCAGUCCUACACGCUUUAUUUGAUUUUUGCAGUCGUUAUUAAGUAUAGUUUUGUCAAAUUCUGCCCUCUAGAGGAUUUCGCAGGAAAUAACACAUGGCACUUUGAAAUCUGCAAUAAAUUCAUUUUGCACUUUAUUUUAAGUCUCUUUUCUUUGCUGUUACAGUAAAUCUAUCCAAAUCAAUAUAAGAACACAAGGGCAUGCUAAUUUAAAAGAUGGCUAGUGAUUAUUAGCCUGGUUCUGUAUGGAAUGGAGGCACAUUAUGGGACACAGGCCAUUAUCAAUUAUUUAAAACAAUUGGUGCGACCAAAUCAUGGGCUGGUGCCACCAACUGAAAAGGUUGGUGUCACCAGUGGAAAAGGUUGGUGUCACCAGUCGAAAAGGUUGGUGUCACCAGUGGAAAAUGUUAAUGUAGAACCCUGGAUAGUCAAUGUUGUAACACUAUUAUUUAGCUUGUCUGAGAGCCUGUCAGUCUGCCCCUAUGACAUGCUGUCAUUACACUCUGCAUAAGCUAGUGAUUUAGAGGGCAGUUAGUUAGUGUUGAAAGGUUUAGAUCGGACCAGAAUCUGCGAAAAAUGUGUUCCGGAUGGAAAAGUAAUUCUCCUCUUCUCUCUCUCCUCAGGUUUCUGGACUCUAAACACAAAAAUCAUUACAAGAUAUAUAAUCUGUGAGUACCCUGCUAUCUGACUAUUUUGCUUGUGCAUAUGCAGUAUGGUCAGCGGCGGUUGCUGUGCUGCAAAGUUAUGUCUGAUGCGUGCAGAAAAUGUCUGUAGAGUAUAGGCCUGGAGGAAGAAAAAGUCCUCAUGUUUUUGAGAAUGCAAACCGCAGUAGCAACAGUAGCCACUUAUUUGCCUUUAGUCAUCAGUGGUUCUUGAUGGAUAGGCCUAAGCAUUGUGAUGAAGGGGUAGAACAAUCAUAUCAUGGUAACCUUUGGCAUAGUUUUACCCUGGAAAGGGAAUUUACGACAAUGUAUUCCUCACUCAGUAUAAAGUCGUUACUGAGUAGACUGGCUUUAACUGAAUGACUCACUGCGUUACAAAGAUACUGAAGACCACAGGUUUCUCAUUAACCAGCUUUCCAUCCAACCUUUUUAUGGGAGUAGUAAAGUAUAUGUUGGAUAAAAAAUGGCACGACAAGCCUGAUGGAAACAGCAAAUGUAUCGGUAAACUUUCCAAAUGUCAACAAAACAAAAUACGCUAGACAAGGUGGGAUCUUUUUGUGUCGGUAAAAUUAAUUAUGUGAGAAAUGGCGGAGGAAAUGCUUUUAUGCACAUAUUGAUAUAAUAACCAUCAUAUCGACGUAAACUUGGAGUCAUGCGAUGAUAUAUUGUGUGGUCCUCCCACUACAACUCGGGAAAGCAUGCAGUUUAUUAUGCUACAGGUUAAAUAAGUUACGAUGAACUUCACAGGGUGGUGAAAGUGCACAGUGAUGAGCUUGAUUCUCCUUUCUAUUAAAUAUCAAGGGUUUUAUUCUGGUGACAUGAUGAUCGAUGCUUGGCUGCUGUUUGACAAAUAAAAAUCUAGCUAUUUUGUCUAUAAUAAUCUCAUCUUGUGUGCUAUACCCGCACUGUAUCUGCAAGCUGUUGGCUAGAGUGCACGUGCCAAGACCAGAGUGGGCAAAUUCGCAAUAUAACAACAACUUUUUUUGUGACAACCAUCAGUACUGUUGAAAAUACGAUGGAAACCCAUUUAACUUGUAUUUUUUAUUCAGUACGUGGGAAUUUCACCGCAAGUUAUUUUUACGUGCACUAUGUCAUCAUGCACAGCCUUUUAUCCACAACAAUUCAAUUUGAUGGAAACACAUCUCUGGUGGAAAAAUGACAGACCGAUUUGUACAAAAGAAAGAAGGCUUCUGUUUGUAUUCCAGUAUUAUAACAACGUAUUUUGUUUGUCCCUUUUUAUAGGUGCGCUGAGCGACAUUAUGACGCAGCCAAAUUCAAUUGCAGAGGUUAGAUAUUACAUCACAGGGAAACCAUUAUCACUGUCAUUCAGGCAGUCAUUGAAUGAAUGAAUCUUUCACUAAAAACCCACGUGUGACAAUAACUAACUCAGCCCGGAACCUCUCUCCCUCUCUCUCCAGUUGCACAAUAUCCGUUUGAAGAUCACAAUCCACCCCAGCUGGAGCUGAUCAAACCGUUCUGCGAAGAUCUUGACCUGUGGUUAAGUGAAGACGACAAUCAUGUGGCGGCGAUUCACUGUAAAGCUGGAAAGGGACGUACGGGUGUCAUGAUCUGUGCUUACCUGUUACACCGGGGCAAGUUCCCUAAAGCACAAGAAGCUCUCGACUUCUACGGCGAAGUCAGGACCAGAGAUAAGAAGGUACAUUUUAUUGUUCCAAUCUGGCCGUACAUUUUAUUGUUCCAAUCUGGCCCGCCUACUGUCAUGGAAACUGAUCAUCCCCAUUUUCAACUUACCUUGAUGGUAAGAUAAGGGUUAAAAGGAUAAAAUGAUAAUAAUGUCAACACCAUAGACCUAUUCAUCAUGGGUGUUGCUAGUAUCUCUAAUCUUAAUUUUAAUUGUAGGCUACAUUAUGAAUAGUUGCAGGAGUCGAGGCUUCCCUUCCUAGCUUUAACAUUUUUGAGGAUCAUAUAAAGGCUUGUCGUCAUGAUUUGAUCUUUCAAAUGGAAAAGAUCCUCUUUACUGACAGUGAAAAUCUUCAGUUUCACUAAGUGUUUCUCUUUGGCGUUCCACAGGGAGUGACGAUCCCCAGUCAGAGGCGGUAUGUCUACUACUACAGCCACCUUCUCAAGAACCAGUUGGAGUACAAACCAGUGGCUCUGCUGUUCCACAAGAUAGUGUUCGAGACGGUGCCCAUGUUCAGUGGCGGAACGUGUAGUAAGUGCUUUCUCCUUGUCAUUGGUCUCAAUCCUGUUUCAUUCCUGUAUGCUGUCUUACCUUGGGCUUGUGUGCUACUGGCUUUCCCACACUUUCACAAUAUGAUCUUCAGUUGAUUGUCCUGCCCCUGUCCGCUGCUUUGCUCUGUACAGCUUUGCUUCUCCAUGUUGCAUGUUUUUUGCCCUUUUCUCCAUGCAACGCUGACAUUAACCACAGUGGAACGUUUUGCAAUUAUUGUUAUGCUAGUCAAAACAGCAUGGUGUAUUUUCACUGCUAUUAUUUGCUUGGCUCACUGGUCAUUUGACUUGGAUGCAUGCAUCAUCAGAGAUAAGGGGGUUUAUACCUUGCUGGAUAGCCAGAAGACAACUACGGAGCUAUGAUAUAACAACCCCCUUUGUGUGAUUCUGUCGUCAGUGGCUGCUCUUGUCAGCUGUGUCUGGCGUUUCACCUCUUCACUUCCUUUAUCCACAUUUUUCGGACACUUCACCUGUCCCUUUAGCGGGCCCUACAGGGAUUACCUAUUGCCUGGGGCAAGUGAACUGAGCAGUCGCUCAAGUUGAGCCUGCUCUGAUGUUGCCCCAUUGGGCAGGUGAUAUUUUUCAAAAAGAAAAAAUGACUAAACAGCAAAUAAUUCCAGUAGCCUAAAACGGAUCUUUCUGGUUCCUCCCCAUUGUUUAAGUGAAAGACAGACAAUUUAUGGCAUUCUGGCAAGUUGAGCCUGCUCUGAUAACAACCAAAAUAGAAAGAAUUCCAGUUAUAAUCUUUCUGAUUCCUCCCCACUAUGUGUAGGUGAUAGGCAGGCAAAAUAUGGCACUUCUGCCUGUAAGUAAUUAAUUGACAUUUUCGGGCAAGUGGUCAUAAUCUUCUGGGCAACCAAAACAUACUCCUGACUUGCUUGAUUGGCCAGUGCCUUUCAGACUUUAAUGUCAAUUCCUGGCCCUAUUCUGAACACACACCCACAGCAUGACAUGAGCCCCCCUCAGCCUAUGUGGUCAGUUCCAAUGGCACAACACACAAAAUAUUGAAGUGGUUUUAAUUUAAUCAACGCCCAAGCCCCCGCCCCUUUCCCUUAUAAAAUCUUAGUGAGUAGCAGCAAUGUAAAGAUUGUGUUUUCUGUCCGUUUCUUAGAUUUUUUUUUUGCUGAUGCUUAUUUAGGCCUAUAUGUUAGGAGAUGCAUUAAUAUGAAUAUUAUGAUUGAUUUAAGGGAUGUUACGUAAUUAUUAUACUGGUUAAGUUCCUAAUAACUUGACAACAGGAAGUUGCUGUUCGCAUGUUGAGAUGGUGAGUUAGGAUCGGUUUAUGGGUGGUUGUAAGCAUGUAUACAGUAUGUUUGUACAUAGCCCUGAUGAUAACCCACCCACCCCCUCCCUCCCAAGCCCAGGCAGGGCAGCAGAACUCUGUGUUAAUCUCCUUUUUUUUCUCUCUCUAAGGGGACACUUCCGUUAAAAACAAGAGUGAGCAGAUUCCACAUGGUUUCAGAAAAGGGAAUUGGCACUGGGGUAAUGAUAAUCAGCUUUCAUUCCAUGUUUACAUGUUGACUAGGAGGUUGUUGUAGAUUUAGAAGUCAGUGUUGUUGGAGUAGUUGGAACUUAAUAUGGUAACAAUCAACUCUGCAUCCCCCACAACUCAGUGGACUGAUUCUAGGCUAGAAGUGCUCCCUUAAACAAGCUUGGUUUUGGUCAACUCUUCUCAGAGUAGGGCCCUUAUCGCAUGUUACUGUAACAAUCUUUUCUAUAUUUAAUAUUCCUGGCAGUGGUACUAUGUAAUUCUGUCCCUUUUUCUGCUGUCCUCCUUUCAUCAUUUGCCUAGAUGUAAAUAAUAGGUACCCGGUUGUAGUUGCUGUGAUGUGGUCUCUCCACCCACCAACUCCACCCACCAAGAGAGGGACUGGUGUUAACUUGUUGUGCUCCCCCACAGAUCCUCAGUUUGUUGUGUACCAGCUCAAGGUAAAGAUCCACACGUCCAACCCGGUGAACACACGGCGGGAGGAGAAGUACGUGUUCUUCGAGUUCCCCCAGCCGCUGCCUGUGUGUGGAGACAUCAAGGUGGAGUUCUUCCACAAACAGAACAAAAUGAUGAAGAAGGUAUGGUUCUUGAUUGUAUGAUUGAUUUAUAUGCAUAUUAAAUGAGGUGUUGUAGCAGCCUAUUCCGAUUAACUUUGAGGGAUGGCAGGAUUUAACUGAAAAACACAUGAGUUGUGAUUUUUGAUUGGAGUAUAGUCUGCAUUUGUGUUGUGGUUGAGAUGAUGUAACUGCUUUUUGGAGUCAUGUCUUGCCUUUAUUCACCCUUCCCUCCCCCAUGUAUUUUUCCAUCAGGACAAGAUGUUUCACUUCUGGGUGAACACCUUCUUCAUCCCUGGACCGGAGGAGAAAGUGGAGAACGGGACGUUACCGAAGGAGCAGGAAGGAAUCCAAACCACAGGAGGAACGGGAGACAACGACAAGGAUUGCCUGAUCCUCUCACUGACGAAGAACGACCUGGACAAGGCCAACAAGGAUAAAGCAAACAGAUACUUCUCCCCCAACUUCAAGGUCAGUCAGGUGAUUGAGACUUAAUUUCAUUGGGGGGGGGGGGAUAUCCUUUUGAUUAAUAUUUGGGAAAGAAUGUGACUGUUUGUGCCAAGAUAAUUGCUCUCAUGAACUUUUGCUGCAAUUCAUGAGAGCAAAAAAUUGUAUUUAGAUUAAAAUGUUGUUUCCGCUUGGUAUACACUACCAGUCAAAAGUUUGGACACACCUACUCAUUCAAGGAUUUUUUACAUUGUAGAAUAAUAGUGAAGACAUCAAAACUAUUAAAUAACACAUAUGGAAUCAUGUAGUAACCAAAAAAGUGUUAAACAAAUCAAAAUACAUUUUAUAUUUGAGAUUCUUCAAAUAGCCACCCUUUGCCUUGAUGACAGCUUUGCACACUCUUGGCAUUCUCUCAACUAGCUUCAUGAGGUAGUCACCUGGAAUGCAUUUCAAUUAACAGGUGUGCCUUCUUAAAAGUUAAUUUGUGGAAUUUCUUUCCUUAAUGUGUUUGAGCCAAUCAGUUGUGUUGUGACAAGGUAGGGGGGGUAUACAGAAGAUGGCCAUAUUAUGUCCAUAUUAUGGCAAGAACAGCUCAAAUAAGCGAAGAGAAACGACAGUCCAUCAUUACUUUAAGACAUGAAGGUCAGUCAAUACGGAACAUUUCAAGAACUUUGAAAGUUUCUUCAAGUGCAGUCGCAAAAACCAUCAAGCGCUAUGAUGAAACUGGCUCUCAUGAGGACCGCCACAGGAAAGGAAGACCCAGAGUUACCUCUGCUGCAGAGGAUAAGUUCAUUAGAGUUACCAGCCUCAGAUUGCAGCCCAAAUAAAUGCUUCACAGAGUUCAAGUAACAGACACAUCUCAACAUCAACCGUUCAGAGGAGACUGUGUAAAUCAGGCCUUUAUGGUUGAAUUGCUACAAAGAAACCACUACUAAAGGACACCAAUAAGAAGAAGAGACCUGCUUUGGCCAAGAAACAUGAGCAAUGGACAUUAGACCGGUGGAAAUUUGUCCUUUGGUCUGGAGUCCAAAUUGGAGAUUUUUUGUUCCAGUCUUUGUGAGACGUGGUGUGGGUGAACGGAUGAUCUCCGCAUGUGUGGUUCCCCCCGUAAAGCAUGGAGGAGGAGGUGUUAUAAUGUGGGGGUGCUUUGCUGGUGACACUGUCUGUGAUUUAUUUAGAAUUCAAGGCUACCACAGCAUUCUGCAGCGAUACGCCAUCCCAUCUGGUUUGGGCUUAGUGGGACUAUUAUUUGUUUUUCAACAGGACAAUGACCCAACACACAUCCAGGCUGUGUAAGGGCUAUUUUACCAAGAAGGAGAGUGAUUUGAGUGCUGCAUCAGAUGACCUGGCCUCCACAAUCCCCCGACCUCAACCCAAUUGAGAUGAUUUGGGAUGAGUCGGACAGCAGAGUGAAGGAAAAGCAGCCAACAAGUGCUAAGCAUAUGUGGGAACUCCUUCAAGACUGUUGGAAAAGCAUUCCAGGUGAAGCUGGUUGAGAGAAUGCCAAGAGUGUGCAAAGCUGUCAUCAAGGCAAAGGGUGGCUAUUUGAAGAAUCUCAAAUAUAAAAUAUAUUUUGAUUUGUUUAACACUUUUUUUUGGUUACUACAUGAUUCCAUAUGUGUUAUUUCAUAGUUUUGAUGUCUUCACUAUUAUUCUACUAUGUAGAAAAUAGUAAAAAUAAAGAAAAACCCUUGAAUGAGUAGGUGUGUCCAAACUUUUGACUGGUCCUGUAGAUCUGUUGCCAUGUUUCAGUAUAUGGAUAAUGAUGUUGUGUUUUCUCUGGUCCUGUAGAUCUGUUGGCAUGUUUCAGUAUAUGGAUAAUGAUGUUGUGUUUUCUCUGGUCCUGUAGAUCUGUUGGCAUGUUUCAGUAUAUGGAUAAUGAUGUUGUGUUUUCUCUGGUACUCCAGGUGAAGCUGUACUUUACCAAGACUGUGGAGGACCCCUUCAACUCUGAGGCCAGCACUUCCACCUCGGUAACGCCAGACGUUAGUGACAACGAGCCUGACCAUUACCGAUACUCUGACACCACAGACUCUGACCCGGAGAAUGAACCGUUCGACGAGGAGCAACACACACAAAUAACGAAA